CCUUCAGAUCCCCCUCUGAUCUUCUCUUUUGCCCGGUUUUCUUUUCUUGCCCUGUGACUUUUUGCGGCACCUACAAUCGAAAUGGACCUCCUCGACGACCGUCCGCCGGAGCAUACGGAACCCUCAACGGGGGUCACAGAUCCAGACGCUGGGAAUGAUAAUAUUACUAUUGGAGAUAAUUCAAGCGUGUGACUUGCGCGACUUGGAUGCGUUGGUUCAGCAUGCCAUAUCAAAGGGUGGACUGCUACGAGACGAUCUCCGCCGGCUAGCCUGGCCGAUUCUCUUGCAGUGCGAUCGGGAAAAGGCAGGCGAUGAUAAUAGUCCCUGGGAUCGCCUACCACGACAUGCGGAUGAGGACCAAGUUCAACUGGACGUUAAUCGAUCAUUUGUAUACUAUCCUCAAGGCACGGACGAAGAGCUUUCUGCAAAGAAGAAAGAGCUGUCGGAUUUGAUCACCCAACUGCUUCGAAAGUACCCUAUGCUCUGCUACUUCCAGGGAUACCACGAUAUUGCUCAAGUUCUGCUUUUAGUCCUUGGCGAAGAGCAAGCGGCAUCGGCCUUCGCCCAGGUUUCCCUCUUUCGCAUCAGAGACUACAUGCUACCAUCGCUUGCGCCGUCACUAAAACACCUCCAACUUAUUCCGGCCAUCAUCGAGCGCGCAGAUAUGCGAUUGCGGCGACAUCUCUCUGAGAUUCGCCCAUUUUUCGCUCUCGCUGCAACCCUGACAUUAUAUGCACACGACAUCCAGGAAUACAGCGAUAUCGCUAGGCUCUUUGACUUUCUGCUGGCCCACGAGCCAGUGGUCUCUAUCUACUUGUUCGCAGCCAUUAUCUUGUUCCGCAAGGAGGAGUUGCUAGAGAUACCGCCGGAUGAACCUGAAAUGCUGCAUUUCACAUUAUCGAAGCUCCCGAAACCUCUCAACCUUGAGGGAUUAAUUAAUUGUGCUCUCAGCCUCUUUGAUGACUAUCCUCCGCCAUCGUUACCACAGGGGGCUUGGAAAUGUAUUUCGGAUGCCAGUGUUCUGAAAACUUCACAGGAUAUAUUUGCACCGCAAAGAACAGAAGAAGCAGUGAGGCUGUUUACUCAACAAGCACGGGAAUUACGUCGCGAAGAGCUGAAGCAGAAAGCCUGGAAUCUCUUGUGGAAACACAGACGCGCAGCUGGCUCUGCCGCAGUCGCAAUCCUUGUUGGCGUUGCCUCCUUCUGGCUGAGAAGGAGCGGCCUCGAUACGUCGAUCUGGGCAUAUAUAAACCGACUCCGACUGACAUUUCUUGGUUAAGGAAAUGUCUAGACUAUUUUCCUAGUAGCAUGAUGUUUUGGUCCAGUUAAACUGUCAACUAUAUAUUAUAUACUUUAAAGCAGGCAAAAGCGUUGUUCCUAUGAAAAAAGCCUCUCCUCGGUUUUCAUGGAUCACCAAUCCUCUAUGACCA